UGCUCCGCGCCCCAUCGCAGCGCGGAGUCUAGGGCCACGUCGCUUAGGCGGACCGGGAAGACAACUCACCUUCCUCAUGGCUUCCGCGGAUACCCGGCGAGUGGGGGACGGCGCCGGGGGCGCCUUCCAGCCUUACCUCGAUUCCUUGCGGCAGGAGCUGCAGCAGAGGGACCCGACGCUGCUCUCCGCGGCGGUGGCGCUGCUCGCGGUCCUGCUGACGCUGGUUUUCUGGAAGUUCAUCUGGAGCAGAAAGAGCAGUCAGAGGGCUGUUCUCUUCGUUGGGCUUUGUGACUCUGGGAAAACGUUGCUGUUUGUCAGGUUGCUAACUGGCCACUACAGAGACACACAGACUUCCAUUACCGACAGUUCUGCUGCGUACAAAGUGAACAAUAACAGGGGCAAUAGCCUGACUUUGAUUGACCUCCCUGGACAUGAGAGCUUGAGGCUUCAGUUCUUAGAUCGCUUUAAGUCUUCAGCCAGGGCUGUGGUGUUCGUGGUGGAUAGUGCCACGUUCCAGCGGGAGGUGAAAGAUGUGGCCGAGUUUCUGUAUCAGGUCCUCAUCGACAGCAUGGGUCUGAAGAACACACCCUCCUUCUUAAUAGCCUGCAAUAAGCAAGAUAUCGCAAUGGCAAAAUCAGCAAAGUUAAUUCAGCAGCAGCUUGAAAAGGAACUCAACACCUUACGAGUCACCCGGUCUGCUGCUCCCAGCACACUGGACAGUUCCAGUCCUGCACCUGCUCAGCUGGGAAAGAAAGGCAAAGAAUUUGAAUUCUCCCAGUUGCCCCUCAAAGUGGAGUUCCUGGAGUGCAGUGCCAAGGGUGGACGAGGGGAUGCCGGCACUGCUGACAUCCAGGACUUGGAGAAGUGGCUGGCCAAGAUUGCCUGAGGAGCAGCCCUGGCUGCAAACCUUCAUCUGUGACUGACUGGCAGUUGGGAAGGGCUGUGCUGGGGUGGAGCCGAUAAAGAGGGGCAGGGCAUGUAUGUGUCUGCAGCAUCUCCGUGUUCUAGAACAGUUCUACCAGCUUGAGAGUACAUGUCCCUCCCUUUCAGCUCCUUUCUCAGCUAGUCCUUAUUUAAUUCUCCUGUUCUCCCUUCGGAAGGUGUAGCACUGCUUUAGUGUGUGACACAGCACAGAGACCUUACCACGAGAAUAGGUUGAUCUGGAAAGUUCUUGUCCCCUGCCUCUCUGCUUCGGUCUCUCUUCCUGGAACCAGACCUGCCUGUGUGUGGAACCAGUUAAUUUCCAGUUGCCCCUGGUAUUCUGGCAUAAUUCAUUGUCUGUUCUUAGUGACGUCUCAGGUGUAAAGGUAGUUACAAUGAAGACAGGCUCAGAACCACAGGGCACAGUUGACAGUGUGUUCUUCAUGGGCUCAGUGACUUAUCUCCAUUCCAGCUUGGGUUCAAAAGCCUGCUGGGAACCUCUAGAGUCGCCCUCACAUGAUGGAUGUAAGAGCCACCUCCCCAGACACUCACGGCUUAGUGUGUUCUAGAGGAACUGGGGAGAGCCGGGAGACCGCACGCUGCAGCCUCGGGUGGUGAGCCCCCACCCCACCCCCCACCCCGGGCUGUCUGCCGGUGCUACUUGGUCAGCUCCUGUUGUGUCUGCCACCUCAGCUCAAAAGCCGUGGAACAACACAGAGAAGUCCACUGUGUAGAUUUUUAAGUGUGUAUUCAUUCAUGCUUUAAAAAAAUUUGCCUUUUCAAAGUAA